GAUUACUUUAGAAUAUCAAAAGUUGAGAUUAUUUAAAACAUUAUACCAAAGUUGAGAUUAUUAGACCAACUUUUACUGUGAAAUGCAUACGGAGUACUAUUACUAUUCUAUCCACUAUAUUUUGUGUUUGAUUUCUUAUAUUUACACCCAAAAAAAAAAAAAGCAGGGUACUUCGUAUUUCUUACAAAAUGCCUUGUAUUAUGAUUUAUGAAUGGUGAAAUACAUACGGUGUACAAUCUAAAACCCUCAUACGAGAUUAUUAGAAGAAGAAAAGUGGUGAAGGGGUUUAACACAUCGCUCUAAUGGCUGCUCUUUCCAGAAACUCUUCUCGAACUCUCCUUCGCUUCAGUCUUCAUCAAUGGCGGUCCUUCACUACUACGUCUCCUGCACAUCCAUCUCAUCUUCUUCCUUCUCUCUCCGGCCGCUCUCUUCCAUUUCUCAACUCGGUUCGAGAUCAGAAAUUCAAUACUUUCGGAUUCUAUGAAAGAUUUUUCUGCACUGCUUCUUCGUCGUCUUCACCAAGUGGUGGCUCUUCUUCUUCUGCUGCUGCUGCGAAGAACUCCGAAGUGAAGAAUUCAAAUGGUGAUAAAUCGAAUGAUGGAGGUAACUCUCAAGGUUCACAACAAUCUGGUGAUGCUGGAAAAUCUGUUCGAGGAUCGCCUGUUUCAUGGAUGAGCUUGUUUUUGUUACUUAUUACGGGAGCUGGGAUCGUUUACUACUAUGACAAUGAAAAGAAGCGGCAUAUUGAAGAAAUAAGCAAUGCAUCAAAUGCGGUGAGACAGGGACCAUCUGUGGGACAGGCAGCUAUUGGGGGCCCAUUCAACCUUGUCAAUCAUGAAGGGAAAAAGGUGACUGAAAGAGAUUUUCUUGGUAAAUGGACAGUGUUGUAUUUUGGCUUUACUCAUUGCCCAGAUAUUUGCCCCGAUGAGCUCCAAAAACUAGCUUCUGCUGUUGAUAAGAUAAAAGAAAAAUCAGGAAUUGAGAUUGUGCCAGUUUUCAUCUCUGUUGAUCCUGAAAGAGACACUGUUGAACAAGUCAGUGAGUAUGUGAAAGAGUUCCACCCAAAAUUGAUUGGAUUAACUGGUGAUCCAGAAGAGAUUCGGAAAGUUGCUCGUGCAUACAGAGUAUAUUACAUGAAGACAACAGAGGAAGGCUCAGAUUAUCUUGUUGACCACUCUAUAGUCAUGUACUUGAUGAGCCCAGACAUGAAGUUUGUGAAAUUCUUUGGAAAGAAUAAUGAUGUUGAUGGACUUACCAAGGGUAUGAUUAAAGAGAUAAAGCAGUACAAGAAAUAGGCAACUAUCAAGGAAUUUAUUCAUUCUGCAAAUAAUAUUUACAAAAUUUGAGGCAUUUGUUCAUCUCGGAUAAUAUUCACUUUUCUGCGGUCUGGAAAAAUUUACUGAAUUUUUUGAUGUGGAAUCGGCAUCAUGCAACUUACCUUUAAAAUCAUAAAGUAGUUAUAUGGCUUUUUAGCUUUGCACAAACUUUCCGGCUUCUUGCCUCCUAAUAAAUCUUCCUGGUGUAGUUGUGGUACAAA